AUGUCAUUUGAUGGACAGGUUCACUUGCCCCGAGUUCCCUCUCCGACACCAUCCGUCGUCCCUUUCCACUCACCUACCUCCUCUGCCCUCGUUGCUCAAAUCCCCACAUUCCAAUCAACAGCUGUUGAAUUUCGUUCCUCCUAUCUUCUCGGAAGGACCCAGAAGACUGCGCGUUUUAAUUCCCGUCCCUUCUCACAACGGCUGCGUGCUAUCCCUCUUCUGAAGGAAACAUCGAGGCAAGACCUCUUCCCAGGAUCCACAGAUGACAGCAAGGCUCCGAAGAGAUACGAGAAGUCGCGAAACUAUCAGAUUGUUCCAGCCACAACCUCCAGUACAACCGCGGAGGCUCAAGCGGUCGUCCAACAAGCGGUUGCAAAUAUUCGAGAUAAGGACGAGGGUCUGGAGUACGACACUAUCCAAAGACUCACGGACGCCACUGUAGCAGGCCGAAAGCUCCCUCCACAUCGUAGGCUAUAG